AUGACCACUCAAUUGUAUCCAAAUGAUUAUUUUGGUGGUGUAGAAAAUUUCAAUUCAAAAUCUGAUCAUGCGAAGGAACGUCAUUGGUUAAUCAACGAAAUAAUUAAACCUGAAUUACCAAACAUUAUAGAUAAUGUAGAGAAAUGUUUAGCCAUGCUAAACAGUGAUCAAAUAUUUAAAAUGCCCAUCUCAAAUACUUCUGCAAACGCUACCGCAACUACAAAUAAAAAUAUGUCCACCAUAACUAGAACAGUUCAAAAUGAUUCUUCCACAUCUUCUUCAUCAUCUUCUGCUGCAUCGACUUCAAAUAAUUGCCCCUCCAUUAGAGGUAUCAUUACAAGACGUGGUGGUUAUAUAUUAGAUUUCCAAGCAAUGGUCAAAUUUAACGAAUUUAAAAAGGGGAAACAAAUACUUUUCAGAAUGAACACGGGCAAAAAUUAUCCAUUAUUACAAAUUAAAAGGAUACAUGAAAACAUGGAACAUAUCUUACAAUUAUUAGAAGAUUUACAAUUGAUUGAUGAUAUCUUGGAAUUCAUUAAGAAAUUUGGAACAGUCUUAAAUUUGUUAAAUGAUUCCACAGAUUUAUUGACAAACCCUCCUGAACAAUUGAUUUUCCCUUAUAAUAAUAAUGAAAUGAUGAAGGAAAUGUUUCAAGAUUCUCACUUGAUUUCACAAUCCACACAUCAUGAAAUUUCAUUAGAAUUGGUACUUUUCAAAAAUGAAAUUAGUAUCGAUUUUAGAAAUUUGGAAAAAGUUACCAAAAAACCGUGGUGUGAAAUUGAUCCUCAAACGGGGAAAUCAUUAACUGAUAAAGUUAAAGAUGAAUUGAAGUCAAAUAGAUCUAAAAAUUUAACUGAUAUUUUGAAAUCAAAUGGUGUUCAAUUAGAACAACCAUCAUUAUUAAAUAAUUUAAUGAUGUCUACAUUCAACACUGAAACUACUACUUUACAACAAGCCCAAAAAUAUUUAAGUCGAUGUGUUACAUUUGAUAAUAAAGUAGUCAUGGAAUUAGAGAAAAUAGCUAUAACAACAAGUGAUCCCACUUUAAUAAGUAUUAGUGCUAAAUUAACUGCAUUGGAAGGUAGUAUAAGUAAUCAUUAUACUAAUCUUACCAUAGAAGAAUGCCCUAUUACUAACGAAUGA